AUGUCGCUUGCUCUCAAGUUCACCUCUCUCGCUAUUCGUACUCUCUCUAAACCAAUAGCUAAUUUCAUCAAGAAACAAGCGCGCGAACAUGAAGGCUUCCGCCGGACCUGCAUCUCUUUCGCCCAGACUCUCCACAGAAUUGACAUGCGAUGGCGGAUAGGUCUCCUGCAAGAUGCUGCGGCUCUGGAAAGACAGGUCGCGAAAGAACAGGCGGCAGAGGCUGCUAAAAGGCAUAAACAUACCAACGUCCCUACAGUGAAGACAGAAGCACAGAUGAAAGCUGAAGAGGAAGCUUCCGCAAGAGGCGCCAAAGAAGUACCGGAACCUCCAAAGCCACGCGCAAAACCCAAGAUCAGACCUUUGUCCGAAGCGAAAGCAAUCGAGUCGGGCGCCAACUUUAUAAGCGAGGCCUUUCUGUUCAGUGUUGCGGCUGGCCUCAUACUUUUCGAGUCGUGGCGGUCUGGCAGGAAAGAGAGCCAACGGAGGGAUGACGUCGCUGAGAGGCUGAACGACUUGGAGGAGUCUGAAAAGGCUGCCCGAAAAGCAUUGGUCGAGCUGGAGAGGGAAGUCCUCCGCCUGCGGGCACAAGAGAAGAACGGAAAGCCAACUGCUACAAUAAGACUACUGCCGAAGGAGAUAUAUGAGGAAGACAAAGGAGACGAGAGGGAAGCGAAACCAGCCGGCUGGUUGUCACGCAUCAGAUCCUUUGUAUCCUUCAACAAGGAUGACAAGGAGGCAAAGGAAGCUCUAGCAGAGGGCGAGCCGGGGCCUGCUGAAAAGAUCCUUGUGCAGUCUGAUAAGGCUUUAGAGGAGAAACAUAAGCAACAAAAGGCCCUCGAAGCUGCACAAAAGGCGGUCGCUGAGCAGAACCCCAAACAGUGA